UCCCACUCAAUGCGUUCUUUUGGACAAAUAUACUACAUCACGCACUUCCAAAUAAACCAUAAAACUACUAUGUUCUCACUGUUAUGUUUUCACUUAUUAUUUGUAUGAUUAAAGCUUGUGGAGUACCAGAACAGUUUUUUAUUUUAUUUUAAAGAUUUAAAAAUAAAACUUUUCACUAUACAGGUCAAGGCCUUCAGCUUUAGGGUUCAUCAGAGUAUGUCAAGGCGUAAAAUUGGAACAAAGUGACUGCUAUCCUCGGAUAUUGGGAAGGAGAAUAUACGAAUACCAACGGUACAUGUGCAUUAGAUUUUGCUAUGCCUCUUCUAGUCCAUGAUGCAACGAGUACGUUGCAAUGCUUUCUCGAUUUAAAUAACGUUAGUUUUAUUAAUCUUGUUAACUGACAGCUGACAGUGUUUGGAAGACGAUGUACGCGAUACAGCGCUCUAUUAGAUCAAACGGUGGGAUCUUACAGGACGGGUUGGGCAUCACAUUUACAAUAAACGUGCGUAUUGCGUAGUGUGACGCAGUGAUUCAUGCAGACUAACGUACUGACACAACGCUCACAGCUGACGUGUAAAACGCAACUCAGUUUGUUCUUCCAACCAAUUGGCUAACGAAACACUUGUUAUCUGUAGGCGUGAUGUAGAUAAAGCCUCAAAGAGACUGUAAAAUUGGACCGAUUUACAACAGUUGUGUUGGAGCCUGCCUUCAUGUGGCUGCUAGAAUGAGAAUGUGGUGCAGUUCCUCGCAGCCAACAUGAGCAAUGGUUGAAGCUACAGGACACAGCAAUCCAGCUUUGGAUAUGUCGGAUGACAGGGAGCCACCCACCCCUGACUCUGACUAUGAUGACCUCUUUUCCUUCCCAGACGAUGUUGAUGCCAUUGUGGAUGGACCAGCAUCGCUGGAGAGCCAAGGGGAACUUCAUGAUUCUGACCCACCGUUCAUUCCGUUCUCUGCCAUCCACGCUCCCCUGCAGAAGUUGCGAGAUCACCAGCCUUCAGUAUUCAUCCCUAACACAGACAUUGAGGUCAAGAUAACAGAUUACGACAGGAGCGUUACUACGCAUUUGCUAAAUCCCAACUUGUACACGAUAGAGCUGACACACGGUAGCUACAAGUGGACAGUGAAGAAGCGGUACAGUCACAUCCAGCAUCUGCAUCAGCAGCUGAAGAUGUACCGCACCAGCCUGGCGAUCCCUUUCCCCACGAAGGCGCACCGGAACAGGCGCUCCAGUUUCCGCAUGGAGCUCACCACUGCGUCGGGCGGCGACAGCAAGAAACGGAAAGGAGCGCUGCCCAGGUUUCCCAACAAACCAGAGAGUCUGGUACCAUACGAAGGAAUUGACCAUCGCAUCUUGCAGCUAGAAAGUUACCUUCAAAAUCUCUUGAAGAUCAAGAUCUACAGAAAUCAUCAUGAAACGCUGACCUUCUUGGAGGUCUCCCGGCUGUCGUUCGUGUCGGGGCUCGGCCUGAAGGGCAAGGAAGGCCUGGUGCUGAAGAGGACUGGGUCCACCCAGCCCGGCCGUGCGGGCUGCAACUUCUGCGGCCUCUUCAACUCCGUGGUGUGCGUCAGGUGCAGCUACCUGUGCAGCGACCUGUGUGGCACGUGGAGGAAGCGCUGGCUGUUCCUCAAGGAGACGUGCAUGGGGUACGUGGAACCGCAGAACGGGCGGGUGAAGUGCGUCCUGCUGUUCGACCUGGGCUUCGAGAUCUCCUCCGGCAUGUACGCGACGGGCCUGCACCACGGCCUGCAGAUCCUCAACCUGUCCAGGCAACUUCUAAUCAAGUGCUGGACUCGAAGGAAGAGAAAAGAGUGGAUGGCCGCCAUAAAGGAUACUGUUUCUGAAUAUGCUCGCGACUUCACGCAGAAGAACCGGCACAACUCCUUCGCCCCGGAGCGCAUGGAAACGGGAGCAGCGUGGUUUGUGGACGGCUGCAGCUACAUGUCUGCCCUGGCCGAUGCGCUGGAAGGCGCUCAGGAGGAGAUCUUCAUCGCGGACUGGUGGCUGAGCCCGGAGAUCUUCUUGAAAAGGCCGGUGAACCAGGAGGAAGGUGACUACUGGCGUUUGGACAAGAUUCUGGCCAGGAAGGCAAGCUCCGGAGUCAAGGUCUUUGUGCUGCUGUUCAAGGAGGUUGAGAUGGCGCUCGGGAUUAACAGCUUCUACAGCAAGCAGCGGCUUGUUCUCAGUCAUCCUGAUAUCAAGGUGUUGAGGCAUCCAGAUCACGCCAAGGCCGGAGUGUUCCUUUGGGCCCACCAUGAGAAGUUGGUAGUCAUCGACCAGACGUAUGCUUUUCUCGGUGGGAUUGAUCUCUGCUACGGACGGUGGGAUGAUCACGAACACAGGCUGACGGACCUCGGGGGCAUGUCUCAGGUGAUGGGGGUGCACCAGCCCCUGCGGAGGAAGCUAACCUCCAGCCACCCGCUGGCUGCGUCGACGCACAGCGUGAGCGUGGUCAGACACCUCGCCGUGAGCAGCAACGUCAUAGGCAUGGGCUUGCUGCAGGCAUCUCAGCAGGCGGUGAACGUGCCCGAGAAGGAGCCCGAAGCCCCCGGCGGGCCGCUGCACCCGAGCCACGCCCUGAUAGCCGCGGAGCGCCGGCAGCGUGACCCUGCCGGCCUCGACGCCAUCCAGGAGCACGUGAAGGGCAACACGCCGCCGCCGGAGAGGAAGCACUUCCUCGACAAGAUGCGGGACACCACCAACCGCAAGACCCACGAGUGGAUGAGCCGGUUCUACCACUCGGACAGCGACGACGGCGACGGCGACGAGAGCUACGACACGGGCAAGACGUGGACCCCCGGCGAGAACUUCUUCGCCAAGAUGGAGGAGCUGACGAGGCGGAGGACCAGGUCGUGUGUGGGCAGGACCCACCGGAUGGAGGAAAACCAAUCUAAAUCGGACUCGCAGAAACCUGAUAAAGAGGACUCAUCAGCAGUGACGAACGGCCUCAAGAAUCCGGGGCCGUUGGUGGGCAUCUCAGUAAAAGAGGUCAAGCCCAAGGCCUCGAAGGACAAGAGAACUGCGAACUUUGCAGGAGAACCUAAAAUUCGAGUGUUUGCGCCGGGCGAGAAGAAAAAGGUCCACUAUGAUGGUGACGACAACAGCACAACCUCUUCCAGAACAGACACUCCCUUACCAGACCUGUCGGGUGUGCCGAAGUACUGGCUGGGAAAAGAUUACACAAACUUCAUUGUGAAGGACUUCAAUAACCUUGAUUGCCCAUACAUAGAUCUGGUUGACCGGUACACCACACCACGAAUGCCGUGGCAUGAUGUCGGUGUAAUGGUCCAGGGUGCUGCAGCGAGGGAUGUUGCUAGACAUUUUAUACACCGUUGGAAUGCCGUUAAGUUGCAAAAAGCAAAAUUGAAUUCGGGGUAUCCAUAUCUCCUGCCCAAGUCUUAUAAAGAUGUCCUGGACUGUGGUAGUGUCAAUUUACCUCCAAUCAUUGAACAACUGUUUGUGAACAAUGUCAAUUGCCAGGUGCUGCGCAGUGUCUCGUCGUGGAGUGCUGGGUUCCUGGACCCCGAGAUAUGGGAGGAGAGCAUACACGAAGCGUACAUAAACACAAUCAACAACGCCAAGCACUACGUGUACAUUGAGAACCAGUUCUUCAUCACGCUGGGCAUGCAAAGCCACACCGUCCGCAACCAGAUCGGCGAGGCUCUCUUCAAGCGAAUAUUGCGUGCUCACAGGGAAGGAGCUGUGUUUCGAGUCUACGUGGUGAUGCCGUUGCUACCGGGCUUUGAAGGGGAGGUGGGCAGUGCGACGGGAACUGCUCUGCACGCCAUCACUCACUGGAACUACGCUUCAAUAUCUAGAGGUAAGAAUGCAGUAUUAAACAGGUUGAAAGAGGCAGGUGUGUCAGAUCCAUCAGAGUACAUAUCCUUCUAUGGCCUGCGCACAUAUUCUGUCCUUGAUGGAGACUUGGUAACAGAGUUGAUCUACGUUCACUCCAAGCUACUGAUUGUGGAUGACGUGACAGUUAUCUGUGGGUCCGCUAACAUCAAUGAUCGUAGCAUGCUGGGUCGAAGAGACUCUGAGAUAGCCGUUAUCAUACAUGACAGGGAGUUUGAGGAGGGCGUGAUGGACGGCAGAGCGUACCAGUGCGGCCGCUACGCGGGGGGCCUCAGGCGACAGUUGUUCCGGGAGCACCUGGGGCUGCUGCUGGCCUCCGCGAGCGGGGACGGCGACGCCCCCGACAUCAGCGACCCGGUGUGCGCCCACUUCUACCGGGACGUGUGGAUGGCGAGGGCAGCCGAGAACACCGCCAUUUACGAGGAUGUGUUCCAUUGCAUUCCCACCGACAAAGUACUGGAUUUUCAAUCACUCAGGAAAUAUCAACAGGAGGAAACAAUGUCCUACACGGACCCAGUAUUGGCUUCUAAAAUGCUGGACAAAAUAAAGGGUCAUUUGGUGAAGUUGCCAUUGGAGUUUCUGCGAGAUGAAGUUCUGACACCUCACGCAAGUUCGGUCCACGGUAUGAUGCCAACAGUGCUCUGGACAUAGUGCAGUGCCUACGGUUCACCGAGAUGAUUUUUGGGUUAUGUCGAGAGAGUCUAAAGACUUUUUUUUAAGUUAACUCGUGGCCAAGUUGACGGCUCAUAGAAUUUGGUUUUAUGUGUUGUGGUCCAAAGAAUCAUGUGUAUUUUAUAAACACAUUUUAAAAGUAUUUUGUUAUGUGGUUAGUGAGUUGUAAUUCUACACCAAAGUAUUUUAUUAAGUCAAACCAAAAUCUUUGAAAACUUUUUUUAGUGAUAUAUUUUAACUGCCUUCUUUUACAGGAAUAUUUUUUAUUGUCAUGGUAUCAAGUAGUACACUUGCAGAUUUUAAAUACUCAUUCUGUAUAACUAGAAUUGUUGUUCAUAUGACAAACUUUACACAGAGAAGUAAGUAUGCAUUGCUUGCCAUAUUUCAUGAAACACUUUUUAAAAUGUGUUUUAAUGUGGCUGAAAGGCAAUCAGUAUGUCAGUUUAUGUUUUAAUUAUUCACAAAACGUUUAUAAAUGUUAUUACAUUUUGAUAUUUUUUUUAAAUCUUUAAACAGUUUCAAUAUUGUUAAUGAACAUGGUUUUUAAUGUUAUGAUAGUUUAUUAGGUAAUUUUACUGAAGGUUUAUGUGAGCUGUUGGUAGCAUUAUUUACAUGUACGUGAAAGUAUGAUGUGAAAUCUAUGAUAUGAACAAUUGUGUUUUAGAGUAAAUACAAAUAGCAGGAAGAGAAUAUUUAUAUAAGUAUUACAGCUGAAGGGAGGUUUCACUUUAUCUUGGAGUGUUUGAACUAUUUUUUUUUUUUUGUUCAUUGUUCAUGUAAAAUUGGAAUUGAUUUUGGUGUAUUAGCCAGAAAUAUAGGUUGAACCAUCUGCGAACAUUUUACUGACAAAAUUUAAAUGCUACUUAGGGGUCGUCCAUUAAUCACGUGAUGUUUUUUUAGCAAAUUUUUAACAUUCCUCCCCCCUAGUGAUUUGUGGUGAGGUUU